AAUUUUUUCUUUAAUGCCUAAAUGAGACGUGAGAACAGGGGCCACCUUAUGCUGCAGCCAGCAGAGGCACUCAAACAUUCCGUCAGCAGGAUCCCAGCCAAGCUGCACAGCGCGCUUUUAUAAAGCUGGCCCCAGGCAUCUCAGGGCAAGAUGUGGCUGUGAAGUCUACUCUGCCCUUAGUACUCCAGAGGCGCUGGCACGGUGGCUGUCAGACUCGCCCCACAGCCAUGGCAAAGAAUGGACUUGUAAUUUACGUCCUGGUUAUCAUCUUGCUCCUGGACCAGACCAGCUGCCACGCGUCCAAGUUCAAAGCCAGGAAGCACAGCAAACGCCGAGUGAAAGAGAAGGAUGCAGACCUGAAGACUCAAGUGGAAAAGCUCUGGCGAGAAGUCAACGCCCUGAAGGAAAUGCAAGCCCUGCAGACAGUCUGUCUCCGAGGCACAAAAUUUCACAAGAAGUGCUACCUUGCCGCGGAAGGCUCGAAGCACUUCCACGAAGCCAAUGAAGACUGCAUUUCCAAGGGCGGGACCCUGGUUGUCCCCAGAAGCUCCGAUGAAAUCAACGCCCUCCGAGACUAUGGUAAAAGGAGCCUGCCGGGGGUCAAUGACCUUUGGCUGGGCAUCAACGACAUGGUCGCAGAAGGCAAGUUUGUCGACGUCAAUGGGCUUGCCAUCUCCUUCCUCAAUUGGGACCAGGCACAGCCGAACGGUGGCAAGCGGGAAAACUGUGCCUUCUUCUCCCAGUCAGCUCAGGGCAAGUGGAGUGAUGAGGCCUGUAGUAGCAGCAAGAGGUACAUAUGUGAGUUCACCAUCCCUCAGUAGUCCCUUCUCAGGUACAUCUUCCCAGAAAGACCAGACAUGAUUUACAGGCUGAUGGUUCUCAAGAAUGGUUCAAAAUUGUCAUAGAGGAGGCUAUGUCCCUAGGAAUAUGAGAGACAGCCAAGUUUGCUACCACAUUGUAUUGUGAUUUUUGCCCUCCACAGGGGUUGGGGGAUCGGAAAAUAAUCAUUCCAUCAUGUACACACUGCUCAAGUAGCUUCUGCAAAAAUGGGCUAUUAGACCCUUCUCAUUCCUGGUCCCUCUUCCUUGUAUAGACCAGGUAUGUAUUAAAAAGAUGAUGGCCAGAAAGGCAAGCUGUAGGCUACCUGGAAGAUUUUCUGUUAAAGGUUUCGUACGUAUCUGAGUGGUGAGGUAGGUGCUACAUAAUCCAAAACCUUUUCAGUCUGAUGUUGGGUCUGCUCCCUCCUAGUGAUAGCGUCUUAUUAGCCGUCACCCUUCCCUUGAGUCACAGCAUCCCCUGGUGGGACAUGUAACUGCUCUGCCACAUGAAUACAUAGAAGUCUCAGAUAAGCUCUGGUUUAACUG